AUGUCGACCACUCAGGGUGUAGAGACUCAAACUCACCGGCACCCACGCCGUCGAGUGAUGCUAUCGACUCCUAGCCCCCUCGGAUCCGAAGCACACUCGAGUCCCUGUUUGCGAAAAGGCGAAACGUUUAACUCCUCGUCCCGCCCGCCCAAGAGCCGUGAUCCCUUGUUGCACUUCCCUUUGCUGCCUCGUCGCUCUCCUACCAGCCCCGAGGCCCUCGAAGCCAUCGCUACUGGCCAACAACGCAUGUCCAACCUCCUCGAUAGCCUGGAAAAUGAUUUGUCGCGGUCAGACCCUUCCGAUAAUGAUGGUCCCUACUCGCCUGCCUCUCGUCUGUCCCUAAGAGCUCCGGUCAAGCCGUCGAAUUUUGCAGAACAGUCCGACAUGGAUUCCGAACGCAGCCAGCCCGUUCUGCGGAAGGACGCUCCGGCAAAGACUCGACGAGUGAACUGUCAUGCCUCGGAUAGUGGCCUGGGAUCCUCGGUCUGCAGCGUCGAAACCGCGACCUCCAAGCAGAACAAGGUCACUACUGGUCCCCUGGCACCGGCAAGUACGGCUUUCUCUACUCGCAAGUUGAGCAACCGUGGUCGCCUGGCGAUCGAGGGUCGUAUUCUCUUCCCUUUGCUCAAGGAGGAGAAGUUCCGCCCUUACCACACUCUGGUCCGCCGAGUCCACGAGCGCAUGGAGAAGGACCAGAUCGUCUGUCUGCGUGAUCUCGAAAAGACCCUGCUCAUGUCCGCUCCUGACGUGAAAGCUCGCAUCAGAACCUACUUUGAAUUCUGCCAGGUCACUAUCUCUUGUCUGUUCGGCACCGUUCCCCAUCUCAAUGAUCGGGACUUGCGUAUGCCGGCUGACCGGCCAUACACCAACGGUUACUUCCUCGACCUUGUCUCGCAGAUCAACCGGUUCAAAUCCAUGCGAGAGGCGUCUCGUGGUCUCCAGCUCCGUGCAGAGGCACGCAAGAAGGGCGACAAGGCUGAUGGUGUGAUCGACCUUCGCCUUACCCUCGAGGGCGGUAUCGCCAAAACUGGACGCCCUGCCGAGUUCGUCGCCCACAAGGAUGACGAAGCCAUUUCUAUGCGUACCGGCGAGGCUUAUAUCGAACAUUCGGGACCCUCUAUGAAGCGCAAGGCUGAUGACGGAGUCGUGCGCUCGAUGGCUCGCCGCAAGAAGAAUGCUCCUCCUAUGGACAUCAACAAGAAGUGUGAAUUCUGUGACAAGGUCUUCCAAAGACCCUGUGACCUAACGAAACAUGAGAAGACCCACUCGCGCCCUUUCAAGUGUGCCGAGCCCACCUGCAAGUACCAUGAACUGGGCUUCCCGACCGAGAAGGAGACCGAGCGCCACUACAACGACAAGCACUGCAACACUCCCAUGAUGUAUAAGUGCUUGUUCCCGUCCUGCUCCUACCAGUCCAAGCGACAGAGCAACUGCAAGCAGCACAUGGAGAAGACCCACAAGUGGAAGUAUGUACGAUCCAAGAACAAUGGUCGCAUUGCCAAGCGUAUUACUCCCCAGCGAGGAGCCUCUCGGGCUUCGUCGCAGGACCACGAAAUCCACGAAAUCUCCACCCCGGCGAUGAAGCAGGUGCCUGAGCUCUCCACUCCUACCAGCGGUGCCAGCUCCUCGCCCGAGCAGAUGGCCGCGUACCCACAGCACAUGUCCUUCUCGUUCGCGGAUCCUUCCAUGGCUGCGAAGACCGAGGAUUUCCAACUCUUUUCGAAUGGCAGCUCCCUUGGAGGAGCAUCCCCUCCGUGUGAGUUCAACGACUAUAGGACUCUGCCGUCUGCCUCGACCAGCUUCGACAUGGGCCAGGCUCAGAUGAACGGCGUUGCGACUCCCAACUCUGGGUCGGCAGAGUUCCUUACGCCCGCCACGGGAACCACCCACUCCCCGUACGAGCCUGUCAGCACAUAUCCUGAGAACUCGAUGUUCGCCUUUGCCGAUCCCUUCGCCCAGGGCAAGCCUGACGACAGUCUCCUGUUUAUGAACGGCGCCGGAUUUGGCGGUGAACUUCCGAGUAUGUUUGAGGAUCCGUUGGCCUGUUUCCCAGACCCUGGCACUUACGAGCCUGGACCCAUGGACUUCGAGGGUCUCCCAUCGCAGCUGGAGCCCGACUCGAAUGUCAUGUACAACAUGGAUCCGUGGGAGGAUUUCUUCAACCGUGCCGACCACUCUAACAACAUGUAA